AUGCAGACCCGUUUACCCUUCACUUUCCGUUCAGCCGUUGACUCAUUCCUCCGCACUUCCCAACCCCGCCAACUUCGAUAUUCCACCAACCCUAGCAACCGACCAACAAUGGACCAAAAUGAACACCAGACAGACGCCCACCGGCGUCCGAAGAAGCUAAUCUUCGCACCAGGGGAUAUUGCACCAACCUCCGAGGAGCCAACCCCAGAACCCCAACAAGCAGUCCCAGCCCCGAGUCAAAUCGCAGAAGCCCUCCGCACCUCAACCCCAACCCCAGCCUCAACCCCAAACUCCACAACGGAAACCGAAGUCCUCUCGCACGCCGCACGCGCCCACCAAUUCGGCACAAACCCACCCCUAACCAUCUCCCAAAUCCACGGCACAAACCCCCUCCACCAAUUCAACACCUGGUUUCGGGACCCACGCCUCCCCGCCUCGUCCGCCCCAGAAACAUGCACCCUAUCAACCGCCUCCCUGCCCUCAGGCCGGGUCAGCGCACGCAUCGUUUACCUUAAAGAACUCGACGAGCGCGGCUGGGUCGUCUACAGUAACUGGGGUAGUCGCGAAGGCAAAGGUGGACAAGUCUUCGGACUUGGGGAUAGCGCCGAUACACUCGGCGCCAUGCCCGAGCCAACGAGCAUUACCUCUGAGGUCGGGACUGGUAAUAAAUGGGGUGCAUUGACAUUCAGUUGGGCUGGUGUCGAACGCCAGGUUCGCAUUGAGGGCUUGCUUGAGCCUCUGAGCCGUGAAGAGAGCGAGAUGUAUUGGCGGACGCGGGAGCGGGGGAGUCAGAUUGGUGGAUGGGCUAGUUGGCAGAGUCGGGUUUUGUGGUCUGCGGAGCCUGGGAAGAUGGAGGAGAAUCAGCGUCGGAAGAGUGUGGCGAAGUUGCAGGGAGCGUUUGAUGGGAAUUCGAUUGUGCCGGCUGAUAUUGAUCAGACGGAUGAUGAGGAUGGGCGGGCGUUGCUUGAGUUGAAGGUUAAGGAGAUGGAGGAGAGGUUUAAGGGUGUGGAGGAUAUUCCUUUGCCGCCGUUUUGGGGUGGUGUCAGGCUUGUGCCGGAGUCUGUGGAGUUUUGGCAGGGUCGGAGGAGUCGUUUGCAUGAUCGGUUCCGGUAUGUGCGUGUUGAGGGGGAGGAGGAGGGUGCUAAGUGGCGGCUUCAGAGACUGUCGCCGAUAUACAAUUAUAUCUCAACCGCAGCCAUGUCCACCUCAACCCAAUCAACCUCCUCCACAUCCCCCUGGAUCAUCCUUGCAAUCACGAGCGGCGCCUUUGCUGCAUUGAACGGUGUUUUUGCGAAAUUAACCACAGACGACCACACCACAGCAUUCGCCCAAUCGCUCGCCCACCUCUUCGGUCUGGAAUCAUCGCCUAUUAUUGAGAUGCUUACUCGAGGUGCCUGUCUCGGCCUAAACGUCAUUUGCAACAUAAUAAUGUGGGCACUUUUUACACGCGCCCUAACAGCCGGUCCAUCGACGGUCAAAGUCUCCAUCACGAAUACGGCGUCGAAUUUCUUGGCCACGGCUCUCUUUGGAAUGGUUGUUUUCCAGGAGGCUGUUGGCGGGCUUUGGUGGCUGGGGGCUGCUAUGAUGGGCGCUGGGUGUAUUUUGGUUGGCAUGAGGGAGGGAGCUUAG